AUGCCAGCAACCAACCAGGGCUGGCCCGAGGCCUUCGGGUUCAAGAUAAGCGGGACCGGUCCGUGCUACAUCUUCUGGGUGCAGGAGGGCAGCAGCGCGGCGGCGGCGGGGCUGUGGCCAGGCGACGAGGUCCUGGAGAUCGAGGGGCAGCCCGUCUCCUCCCUGGGCUGCGAGGCGCUGCUCGGGCUGGCCAGGCGCUGCAGCAAUGUGCCCCCCAGCAUCGGGGUGGUCUCCCGCCUCGCCGACGCUGUGCACCAGGAGAGGAAGCAGAAAGCGCAGGAAUUCAGCAAAAAGGUGGAUGACAUCCUCGGUGACCAGCCAGAGGUCAAGGAGAAGGUGUUCACCAUUCUGAAGCAGUACGCGGCAGAGCGGAAGGUGGAGUACUUGGCCUAUGCCCUCUGCAUGGUCCUCACCCAGGAGUCCCACCAGCAUCUGAUUGACAACAUCAGGAUUUUCAUCCCCAAGAAGCACCGGCAGCGGUUUGACGAGGUGGUGUCGCAGAGCCUGAUCAGUAAGCUCUGCCGCUCCAAGAGCGAGCAGCACAGCAAUCGGCUGCGGCGCAGCCGGAGCGAGGACCACCAGGAGCGGCUCCUCGUCUCCACCCGUGCCAGCUCCGUGCCCCGCAGCCACGAGGAGGUCAGCAAGAGCCUGCGGAAAACCACUUCGCUCAUCACCAGCAAUGUGGCCUCGGGGGCUGCCCGCAGAACUGUGCGAGUUUAUAAAGGCAACAGGAGCUUUGGCUUCACGCUACGUGGCCAUGCCCCGGUGUGGAUCGAGUCUGUUCUGCCAGGGAGCCCGGCUGAGAAGGCUGCUCUCAAAGCUGGAGACCGGAUCCUAUUCCUCAACGGUCUGGACAUGAGGAACUGCUCCCAUGACAAGGUGGUGUCGAUGCUGCAGGGCAGCGGGGCGAUGCCCACCUUGGUGGUGGAAGAGGGGAUCGUCAACUUCUCCAACGACUCUGACUCUGCUGACUCCCCGAGCACCUCCUCUGCCCUCACCUCCCUGCAGUGGGUUGCAGAGAUACUCCCCUCUAGCAUCAAGAUUCAAGGAAGGACCUUCAACCAGCAGCUGGAGCACCUGCUGACUCCACCUGAGCGCUAUACCAUCUGCAAAGCGCUGGAAGGCUUCUUCCAACAUCGGAAUAUUGACACUCUCAUUGUGGAUGUGUACCCGUUGCUGGACACACCGGCCAAGCAAGUCAUUUGGCAGUUUAUCUACCAGCUGCUGACGUAUGAAGAGCAGGAGCACUGCCAGCAAAAGAUUGCCAGGUUUCUUGGUUACAAGUCCUUGGCAGCUGAGCCAGAAGCAGAGGAUCGCUACCGCAGCUCCAUUCGAGGGGCAUCCUUGUGCCGGGGAAGCCUCCGAACCCCCCGCCCCGAGGAAGGGGGGGCAGCAGCGUCUUCGGUUCGCCUGAUCCCUGGAGAGAGACAGGCUGGCGACGGCACAUCCCUCCCGGAGACGCCCAACCCCAAAAUGAUGUCAGCUGUCUACGCAGAAUUAGAAAACCGCCUGAUCGGCAGCUUUGCUGGCAAGAUGGGGAACGCUGCCCUGCACAGAGCAUCGCCUCCUGCCCCAGAGCUGGCACACGCUGCAGGUGCUCGCAAGCCGGGGAUGGCGAUCUCGUGGCCGAGCGACCCUCUGGCCUCCCAGCAGUGCUACUACCGCCUGCACAGCAGCGUGGCUUCCCCGAGCAGCACCGAGUCCAACCCCUAUGUCAGCCUCGACAGCAGCCCAGCCCCGUCCCCCAAGCACCGGGACUACUCGCUCAGCCCUCUGUCGCGACGGAAGAAGCUCUUCACCUUCUCCAGGCCCCCGCGCAGCCGCGACACCGACCGAUUCCUGGAUGCCCUCAGUGAGCAGCUGGGACACCGGGUCACCAUCGUGGAUGAUUUCCUCACCCCCGAGAACGACUACGAGGAGAUGAGUUUCCACGAUGACCAGGGCAGCUACGUCACCAACGAUGUCAGCAGCAGCGAGUACAUCAGCAGCAGCGAUGAGGGCAGCUCCCUGACCUACUCCACUCUCUCGGACCACCCGGUGCCCUGCGCGCCCCCCCUGCACCGGGGGCUGCUGCACCGCAGGAGCGAGUCCAACCACAUGAGCGUCAAGAGGCUGCGGUGGGAGCAGGUGGAGAACUCGGAAGGGACCAUCUGGGGUCAGCUUGGGGAAGACUCGGAUUACGACAAGCUGAGUGAUAUGGUCAAAUACCUUGACCUGGAGCUGCACUUCGGGACGCAGAAGCCUACGAAGCCAACUCUCAUGCCUGAAAGCUUUAAAAAGAAAGACGUGGUUGAAAUUUUGUCCCACAAAAAGGCCUACAACACAUCCAUCCUGAUAGCCCACCUCAAGCUCUCGCACAUCGAGCUGCGCCAGAUCCUCAUGACGAUGGAGACAGACCGCCUGGAGCCUUCCCACAUCAAGCAGCUCUUGCUGUACGCCCCGGACGGGGAGGAAGUCCAGCGCUUCCAGAGCUACAAGGAGAACCCCGGCAAGCUGAGCGAGCCCGACCAGUUUGUGCUGCAGAUGUUGUCCGUACCAGAAUACAAGAUCCGCCUGCGCAGCCUACAUUUUAAGACCACUCUGCAGGAGAAGACAGAGGAGAUCAAAGCUAGCUACGAGUGCAUCUGCAAGGCCUCUCUAGAGCUGAAAAGCAGCAAGAAGCUGGCUAAGAUCUUGGAGUUUGUGCUGGCGAUGGGAAACUAUCUGAACAACGGGCAGCCCAAGACCAGCAAAACAACAGGCUUUAAAAUCAACUUUCUCACCGAGCUGAACACAACCAAGACUGUUGAUGGGAAAUCCACCUUCCUGCACAUUCUUGCCAAAUCACUUAGCCAACAUUUCCCAGAGCUCCUGGGCUUUGCCAAGGAUCUUCCUACAGUGCCGCUCGCUGCCAAAGUGAAUCAGAGAACACUAACUGCUGACCUAAAGGACCUGCACACCACCGUCAGUGACAUACAGAUGGCCUGUCACAACAUGCCAGCUACCGCAGAGGACAGAUUUGCAAUUGUGAUGACUUCCUUCCUGGAGAGCGCCCAGCCUGCCAUGCGAUCCUUGGACGACCUGCAGCACAAGGCCAUGGAAGAAUUCAGCAAGGUGUUGUCCUUCUUCGGGGAAGACUCGAAAAUGACAACUUCUGAAGCUUUCUUUGGCAUUUUUGCAGAAUUCAUGAGCAAGUUUGAGCGGGCACUCAGCGAUGUGCAGCUCGGCGAAAGCCAGCGCAGCCCCAGGAUGACCUCCCCCCUUGCCUGGUGA